UUCAUAUAUUACCCCAAUACUACACCAGAGCACUAAACCAAACUUCCUUCGUCCCCAUAUUGAUAUACUCCUCGUCAACCCCUCACCCAUCACGCGACCAUGGUCUCCGAUAAGCCAGGGAUCCGAUCCAAGCAUGUAUGCGUGAUCGGGGCUGGCCCAUCGGGGCUCGUGGUGGCCCGGGAGUUGCGAAAGGAAGGCCACAGCGUCGUGGUCCUGGAGCAAAACCAUGACAUUGGUGGCCAAUGGCUCUACGAGCCAGACGUGGAAGGCGAGGACCCCUUGGGGAGAGACCCAUUUCUCAAGGUCCACAGUAGCAUGUACGAGUCGCUGCGGCUCUUGUCGGCGAGAGAGAUCAUGGGCUUCAGCGACUUCCCGUUCUUGGUGAAGAGAGAUAGGGACAUGAGGAGGUUCCCUGGGCAUAGGGAGGUUCUGUUGUAUCUUCAAGAUUUUGUAGAGUGGUUUGGGUUGAGAGAGUUGAUCAGAUUCAACAUUAGGGUUGAGCAUGUAGGGAUGGUGGAUUAUGGGGAGUUCGGGAAAGAUUUGAGGUGGGUUGUUAAGAGCAAAGAGAUCAUCACGAAAAGUGACGAUGAUGAUGAGAAAAUGGUGGAGGAGGUCUAUGAUGCUGUGGUGGUGGCGACUGGUCAUUAUUCUCAUCCAAGAAUGCCUUCCAUUAAAGGUAUGGGCACAUGGAAAAUGAAGCAAUUUCAUAGUCACAUUUACAGAGUCCCGGAACCAUACCGCAACGAGGUUGUGGUGGUGGUUGGUAAUUCGUUUAGCGGUCAGGACAUAUCGAUGGAGAUUGCGGGAGUGGCAAGAGAAGUCCAUCUCAGUGCCAAAUCUCUCGACAUCACUGAAGGAUUGUCCAAAGUCCUUGACAAGCAUCACAAUCUCUAUCUUCGCCCUCAAAUAGAUUCACUUGAAGAAGAUGGAACAGUAUUGUUCGUCGAUGGUUCGUCCGUAAUCGCCGACACUAUUUUGUACUGCACUGGGUACUCAUAUUCGUUCCCAUUUCUUGACACCAAAGGGAUUGUGGUGGUGGAUGAUGAUAGAGUGGGACCUCUCUACGAGCACACCUUCCCUCCUUCCCUUGCUCCUUCUCUAUCCUUCGUUGGCAUCCCUAGAAAGAUCAUAGGCUUUCCUUUCUUCGAGUCGCAAGCCAUAUGGAUUGCUCAACUUCUGUCUGGAAAAAGAACGUUGCCCCCAUGGAACGAGAUGAUGCAGUCGAUCAAGGACUUCUACAACUCCACUGAUGCCGCUGGUUUGCCGAAGCACAACACUCAUGACAUAGCAAAUUUCGAGUAUUGUGAGAGAUAUGGGGACCAUGUGGAUUUCCCACAUUUGGAAGAAUGGAGGAAAGAGCUUUGCAUAUCGACACAAAAUCUGGUGGUGAACUUGGAGACGUUCCGCGAUUCAUGGGACGAAGGCGACGAGAAGCUGCUCCAAGAAGCAUUUCAGAGCCCUCACUUCACUCAACUUGGAUCACAAGUCCUAACAUUUCAAUCGCAGUCCGAGCGUCCUUGAUAAUUAAGGCCAAGAAAUCAUGCCUUUUCUCCUUGUCAUUACAGGAUUAUCAUUCAUCAGGGCAAAAUUUUUUGGAGUAUCGGCGAUUGUUUUGUUGCAAGCAGAAUUAUCUGCAAAGAUGCCCUGAUCGAAUAGAAACUACAAAUCUCUGGGGCAUUUCCUUAUUUUUCCGUUUCCAUUUGGGAAUUUUCGAAUAUGUUCAAUUUGUAAUUUAUCAAUAAUUAGUGUCAUAAACAAAAUCAAACAUA